AUGCGUACUUUCCUUCAUUGGACACUAAACUUCGCUUGCGAAGGCCUGUUGAAGCAAAUUGAAUAUUCAUUAAUACAAUUUGACCAUGAAAAACAAGUUGUCCAGUUACUGUUGAAUUCCAUGUCUUUACUUGAAUCUCCUGAAGUAAAGGGGUUAGAAUCAAGACGUAAAGCAAUUAAACAACUUCUCAGCCCAAACCAAACUCUAGUUAGUGUGCCGUAUUUUCCAAGAUUGGGCUGUCCUAAUUUCACUUUCCCCUCUUACAAAGCAAACAAGCAUCCAGUCGAACUUCACCAAUCAGUUUUCAUAGGAGAUGCAGCACUGUGCUCCCAGACUCCGUACUAUAUAACCUCGUAUAAAAAUUUUGCUAAAAGAAGACAAGAAAGAAUGGUAAUCAAUGUACCGCUUUAUAAAGACAAAAAUACCGUGAUGCCAUACGGAGAGGAUUUGUCUGAGUAUGAAGACAACGAAGAGAUGAUGAAAGCAUUGAAACCAGGCCACAUUUACAUGGAUACUAAAUUAUUUGGAGUUUGUUGCUGUGUUAUACAAGUUACAUUUCAAGCUGCUGGUGUGAAAGAAGCUGCUUAUCUCUUUGACAAUUUUGUGCCUCUUACUCCAAUUAUGGCGGCACUGACAGCUGGAUCACCUAUUUAUCGAGGACUUUUAUCUGAAUUUGAUUCUGCUUGGAGACCCUUGUCUUGGUCUUGUGAUGAUCGUACCAGACAAGAACGUGGAUUAGAACCUUUGACAGAAGGCAAAGUUUUAGUGGACAAAACUGGCUUUGAUUCAAUAGGAAGAUACAUUUCUGUGGACAACCAAUUUUAUAAUGACUAUGAUUACUGUUAUGACCAUAGGCAGUAUGAAUUACUAAAGGCUGAAGGUAUUGAUGAAAUAAUGGCCAAAUAUGUCGCGCACCUCCUUCUUAAAGACCCACUCAAUUUACGUAAAGAGAAAAUUGAUCAAGACAUUUUCAAAGAUUCUGGUCAUAUUCAGGCUAUCUUUAAUAGUAAUGGACACAGCUUAAAAUUGAAACUCCCUGAUGAGAAAUCUGGAUGGAAAGUGGAAUUCAGAACAAUGGAGGAUCAGUUGACUGACUUUGAAAAUGCUGCGCUUAUUGUAUUCCUUAUUCUUCUUAACCGAGCUAUAGUUACUCUCAAGCUAAACCUUUUGAUCCCAAUAACAAAGGUAAAUAUUGAUUUCUAUGUUUUCAGUAUUUAUUGUACUAAAUCUAGAAUUGUUUUAUUUUCUUGUCAAUUAGAAUUUGCUAAUUGUGAACUAACUGAUGAUAUUUACACUUUGAUGACUAUAGAUGAAAUCAUGAAUGGAAAGGAUGAUUUCCCUGGUUUAAUUCCUCUCAUACACAAAUAUCUUGAUCAUGUUGACUAUGAUGCCAGUAAAAGGCCACAAAUAAUGCAAUACCUGAAAUAUUUCUCAGACAAAGCUGCAGGAAAGAUAAUGACAAUGGCCCAAUGGACAAGGCAAUUUGUUAGAAAUCAUGAAGAGUACAAGAAUGAUUCUGUUGUCAGUGACAGAAUCACUUAUGAUUUUAUUAUGGAAUGUGAAAGGAUUGUCAACAAUGAAGAAAGGAUUCCACAAGCAUUUAUCAAUUAUUAAGGAAGCAUUUCAACGAUUUUAUCUUAACUUUGUUCAGUUUUGACUUCCACACAAAAUAUAAUCAAAUAACUAAAACAUGACCUCAUAAUCAAGAAAUACAUAUAUUCACACAACAGAUUGCUUUCA